AUGGGACUGGCGGAGAGAGAAGCCGAAAUGCAGGAGUUAGAAACCUCAAGACCCGGUAGAUCGCGAGACCUCUUCGGCGUACAGCUCGAGGUUACUUCCUUGCUUCUAGAAGGCGAACGCAGGAAAUUAGCAGUUCUUCAGAGAGAACUGCAAGUCGCGCUCGAAGAAGGAGGAAGUGUGAAAGUUAAGGAAAAACAAAGGCAGGAGUUGCUGCACGCCAUAUCGAAAAUUCAAGGACAGCAUGAGCAGCUCGACAAGGAGUACAGAAUUCACGCUGCCGGCGUUCUCUUAUGCAACUCAAGGGUCUCCGGGAAG